CUUCAAACCUCUGAAGCAUUUGCAUUGGUGUCUAGGUGGUAACACACAACACUGUUCCCGUUUUCACCAUGACCAACCAGUGCAUCCUUCAGAUCGCUCUCCUGUUGGGUUUCUCCACCACAGCUUUUUCCAUCAGCUACAACUUACUUCGACUUCAACAAAGGAACUGCAAUUUGGCUUUGCAGGACCUCCUGUGGCAGUUGAAUGGAACCUCUCAAAAUUGCCUCAAGGACAGGAUAGACUUCAAGCUCCCUGAGGAGAUUAGACAACCACAGCAGUUCCAGAAGGACGAUGCCAUUUUGCUCAUCCAUGUGAUGCUCCAGCAGAUCUUUGGUAUUUUCAGAAGAAAUUUCUCUAGCACUGGCUGGAAUGAGACCAUCAUUGAGCACUUCUAUGAGGAACUCAGUCACCAGAGGGAUCGUCUGGAGACAGUCUUGGAGGAAAUAAUGGAGGAGGAAAACUUCACCUGGCGAAAUAUGAUCACGCUGCACCUGAAGAAUUACUACCUAAGGAUCAGGCGGCACUUGAAAGCCAAGUCGUACAGCAGCUGUGCCUGGGUAGUAGUCCGAGUGGAAAUCCUCCGGAACUUUUUCUUCCUUAACAGACUUACAGACUACCUUCGAAACCGAGUAUCCCCAGCCUGUGCCUCUGGGAAUGAAGACUGAGUACAGCAGUUCUUCAACCAGCAGAGGCUCUUUAUGUGACUGACAACUAAUGCACUGCUUUUGAAAGGACAAUGAAAGACUUUACAUUUUUUAAACUAAAUUAUGCAUUUUAAGUCAUUAUUUAUUUAUUUAUUUACACUUUUGCUUUGGAAAAUAAAAUUUCUUGAA